UAGUAUUCGUCAUUAAGUCUUCUUGGCAAAGGUUAGGUGGGUUCUUUUCUUUGGAGUGAGAAGAUGUUUGUGUACAUUUUCAUGGCUUGUAGACUUCAUUUUGGUAUCUUAUUGCCGUAUUGUUGAGGUGUGUGUAUUGAUUCGUAGAUUUAAAUGAUGUUAUAUUGUUUGUUUCCUGAUUCUAACAGGAAAAUUUGUGGUUCUUUUUGUUUUGAGAAAUGGAUUACUUUUAUAUUGUACUCCUUCAGAAGAUUCUGGUUGUUUUGUUCUGUAUUACAUUGUUUUGGAAAAUCAUUAAGCACAUGGCAAGUUUCCUGAAUAUACCAAAGGAGCCCAUUAGAGUAUUGGUCACUGGGGCUGCAGGGCAAAUAGGAUAUGCUCUUGUUCCCAUGAUCGCCAGGGGGGUCAUGCUUGGCCCUGAUCAACCUGUAAUCCUGCACAUGCUUGAUAUUGAGCCUGCAGCUGAGGCCUUGAAUGGGGUGAGAAUGGAAUUGAUAGACGCUGCCUUUCCUCUUCUAAAAGGUGUCAUUGCUACUUCGGACAUUGUUGAAGCCUGUAAAGAUGUCGACAUUGCCGUCAUGGUUGGCGGAUUCCCACGAAAGGAAGGUAUGGAAAGAAAGGAUGUGAUGUCUAAAAAUGUAUCAAUUUACAAGGCUCAAGCUUCAGCUCUGGAGAAGCAUGCUGCUCCAAAUUGCAAGGUGUUAGUUGUAGCCAACCCUGCAAACACCAAUGCACUGAUUUUGAAAGAAUUCGCUCCUUCUAUUCCAGAGAAAAACAUCACAUGUCUCACACGUCUUGAUCAUAAUAGAGCACUGGGCCAAAUCUCUGAAAGGCUAAAGGUUCAUGUUAGCGAUGUGAAGAAUGUGAUCAUUUGGGGCAAUCAUUCUUCGACUCAGUAUCCCGAUGUCAAUCAUGCAACUGUGGCCUCUGGCAAUGGGGAGAAGCCUGUUAGAGAACUUGUUGCUGAUGAUAAUUGGUUGAAUUCAGAAUUCAUCACCACUGUGCAGCAACGUGGGGCUGCCAUUAUCAAAGCUAGGAAUCUUUCGAGUGCUCUCUCUGCUGCAAGCUCUGCCUGUGAUCAUAUUCGUGAUUGGGUUCUAGGCACCUCAAAGGGGACUUGGGUUUCAAUGGGAGUGUAUUCUGAUGGAUCUUAUGGCAUCCAAAAAGGCCUUAUCUACUCGUUUCCUGUUACAUGUGCGAAUGGAGAAUGGUCAAUUGUGCAGGGUCUCAAAAUAGAGGAACUUUCGAGGGCAAAGAUGGAUGCAACAGCCAAAGAAUUGGUGGAGGAGAAAUCAUUGGCCUAUUCAUGCCUCAAUUGAAACUCAACUUGAAUUGACGCUGAGUUCUCCUAUUGAAAAUAAAAACAAAGACCUCUGUUAUGGCUUCAGUUGAUGAGAUAAUAAGCAUCCCUUCUCUUUCUUCCAGUCGUUAUUUGUGCUAUUGGGUGGGGAUGGUCUAUCAUUUACAUAUUGAAUUUCUGCUUUUAAUGAAAAACACACAGUGCAUUACGUAGCUA